AUGGACGAGGCCGCCGGCGCCCACGACGCCGGCCAGGAGGGGCGGCGGAGGCCCGCGGGCGGCGCGGGGGUGGAGGUAGUGGCGGGGCUGGCCGGAGCGGGCGCGCACGCGGCGACGAACGACGGUGGCAGAGAGCAUGCGGGGGGAGGCGUGGCCCCAGGCGGUGCGGCGAGCGGUGGGGCCGGGCGCGGUCGGCGCGGUGCAGAGCAGCGGAGCUGGGCCGCGCCGCGUGGGGCGCCGUCGAGCGCGGCGGCCAGCCGCAGCAGCGGCGACGGGGAUAGCCGCAGCGGGGACAGAGGCGGGGCGAGGGGCAUGGCCCCGAGCGGCGUGCGCGGGUGCAGGACGGCGAGCUGCGGGGCGGUGGCGCGGCCACGGGAGGAGGAGAUGGCGGGGACGAGGCGCACCGAGGCACGGGGCUAUGGGGCGCCGGCCGGAGCGGGACGCGGGGUGCGGUGA